GUGGCAGUUCCAAGCAUGGCUGCUGUGAACGUCUGUGCCUGGAGUUUUGCAUGGAUGCGGGCUCUUCUGCUGGACUACGUCUACUUCGAGAACUCCUCCAGCAACCCCUAUCUGAUCCGCAGGAUCGAGGAGCUCAACAAGACGGCCAACGGGAACGUGGAGGCCAAGGUGGUGUGCUUCUACCGGAGGCGCGACAUCUCCAGCACCCUCAUCGCCCUGGCGGACAAGCAUGCAACCCUGUCAGUCUGCUAUAAGGCCGGACCCGGGGCGGACACCGGCGAGGAAGGGGAAGUGGAGGAGGAGGUGGAGAACCCGGAGAUGGUGGACCUGCCCGAGAAGCUGAAGCACCAGCUGCGGCACCGGGAGCUGUUCCUCUCCCGGCAGCUGGAGUCUCUGCCCGCCACCCACAUCAGGGGCAAGUGCAGCGUCACCCUGCUCAACGAGACCGAGUCGCUCAAGUCCUACCUGGAGCGCGAGGAUUUCUUCUUCUAUUCCCUAGUCUACGACCCACAGCAGAAGACGCUGCUGGCUGAUAAAGGGGAGAUCCGCGUGGGGAACCGGUACCAGGCCGACAUCACCGACUUGCUGAGAGAAGGUGAGGAGGAUGGCCGUGACCAGUCCAAAUUGGAGACCAAGGUGUGGGAGGCACAUAACCCACUGGUGGACAAGCAGAUUGACCAGUUCCUUGUGGUGGCCCGCUCCGUGGGAACCUUCGCCCGGGCCCUGGACUGCAGCAGCUCAGUGCGACAGCCCAGCCUGCACAUGAGCGCUGCCGCAGCCUCCCGAGACAUCACCCUGUUCCACGCCAUGGACACCCUGCACAAGAAUAUCUACGACAUCUCCCGGGCCAUCUCAGCCCUCGUGCCGCAGGGCGGGCCCGUGCUCUGCAGGGACGAGAUGGAGGAGUGGUCAGCGUCUGAGGCUAAUCUUUUUGAGGAAGCCCUGGAAAAAUAUGGGAAAGAUUUUACAGAUAUUCAGCAAGAUUUUCUCCCGUGGAAGUCGCUCACCAGCAUCAUCGAGUACUACUACAUGUGGAAGACCACUGACAGAUACGUCCAGCAGAAACGUUUGAAAGCAGCUGAAGCAGAGAGCAAGUUAAAGCAAGUUUAUAUUCCCAACUACAACAAGCCAAACCCGAACCAGAUCAGCGUCAACAGCGUUAAGGCCAGUGUGGUGAACGGCACAGGGGCGCCAGGCCAGAGCCCCGGGGCUGGCCGGGCCUGCGAGAGCUGCUACACCACACAGUCUUACCAGUGGUAUUCUUGGGGUCCCCCUAACAUGCAGUGUCGCCUCUGCGCAUCUUGUUGGACAUAUUGGAAGAAAUAUGGUGGCUUGAAAAUGCCAACCCGGUUAGAUGGAGAGAGGCCAGGACCAAAUCGCAACAACAUGAGUCCCCAUGGCAUCCCAGCCCGGAGCAGCGGGAGCCCCAAGUUUGCCAUGAAGACGAGGCAGGCUUUCUACCUGCACACCACCAAGCUGACCCGGAUCGCCCGGCGCCUGUGCCGUGAGAUCCUGCGCCCAUGGCAUGCCGCACGGCACCCCUACAUGCCCAUCAACAGUGCCGCCAUCAAGGCUGAGUGCACUGCCCGGCUGCCCGAAGCUUCCCAGAGCCCACUGGUGCUGAAGCAGGCAGUGCGGAAGCCCCUGGAAGCUGUGCUCCGGUAUCUCGAGACCCAUCCCCGACCCCCCAAACCCGACCCUGUAAAGAGCGCGUCCAGCGUACUCAGCAGCCUGACCCCUGCCAAGUCGGCCCCGGUCAUCAACAAUGGCUCCCCCACCAUCCUGGGCAAGAGGAGCUAUGAGCAGCACAACGGUGUGGACGGCAACGUGAAGAAGCGCCUCUUGAUGCCCAGUAGGGGCACUUACCUGGGUCUGGCAAACCACGGACAGACCAGGCACAUGGGACCAAGCCGGAACCUGCUGCUCAAUGGGAAGUCAUACCCCACCAAAGUGCGCCUGAUCCGGGGGGGCUCCCUGCCGCCUGUUAAGAGGCGACGGAUGAACUGGAUCGACGCCCCGGAUGACGUGUUCUACAUGGCCACGGAGGAGACCAGGAAGAUCCGCAAGCUGCUCUCAUCCUCGGACACCAAGCGUGCUGCCCGCCGGCCCUAUAAGCCCAUCGCCCUGCGCCAGAGCCAGGCUCUGCCGCUGCGGCCACCCCCGCCUGCGCCAGUCAACGACGAGCCCAUUGUCAUUGAGGACUAGGGCCGCCUGCCCUUGCCCGUGUCCCUCGAGGCCUACACAGAUGGCGGUCUCCUCCCCGCCAGACUGCUGCCCGCCCCUCCUCUGUUUCUGUAGUGCCCACCUCCCGCCCUCACCUGCAGGACUCGGUUGUCGGGGAAGUGUGGUCUCACUCACUCCGAGAGGCCGAGGAGUCCUUUUUAGCUUUGUGUUUACUGUUUGGCUGGAGCAGACGAGGAGCCGCCCUGCCCUGCACGCUGUGGGGCUCUUGCCCGGGCCGGGCCCUAAGGUUUUGUUGUGUUCUGUUGAAGGUGCCAUUUUAAAUUUUAUUUUUAUUACUUUUUUUGUAGAUGAACUUGAGCUCUGUAACUUACACCUGGAACGUUAGGAUUGGAGCGGCCGGUGGUGGCCGAGCUGCCUGGCGGGGUUGGCCCCUUGUCUUUUCAAGUAAUUUUCAUAUUAAACAAAAACAAAGAAAAAAAAAUCUCAUAAAAAGGAAAAAACCCAG